CACCUUACCUGAAGAUCUAAUAGCCAAGGACAUAAUGCUGGCACGACAUUACUCCAAACUUGUUAAUUCAAGAGUCAUUCACAAACCUCUACGUUACCUUACUACAGUUAGCAGCCAAAAAACUGUUCCCCUCGAAGCAAACGACACUGAGGUUCACGUUGACAGCACCUCGGUCAAGAUUCAGUGGCCAAAAGCAAGCAAUGUGACUCAAGCAGCCCCUCAUACUUCUACAUAUAGCCACCUUUGGCUAAGAGAUAACUGCCAAUGCCCUGAAUGCCUUCACCCGACCAACCGUCAGAAACUGCACUCUUCAGCUGACGUUCCCUUGGAUAUUGUUCCCGAACAAACUACGCUUACAAACGAAGGCCUUGAAAUUACUUGGAAUAAGUCACUCAGACACCACGCGGAUUCGCAGAUACACAAGAGCUUUUACCCUACUUCGUUUUUAUCACAGUACAGCAGCCCAAGUCUUCGUCAACAAUUCCGAUUCAACAACAUGAAAUUUGUCACAUGGGAUCGGGAGUUAAUGGACGCUGAAAACAAAUUUAUUUCAUAUGAGGAGUACAACACAGAACCAGGAUUAUACAAAACACUCAAACAACUCUUCGAUUACGGUAUAGUCUUUUUGAAAGAUGUACCAACGCAUGAUAGCAAGGUCACUGAAGUAGCCGAAAAAAUUGGCAACGUUAGAGAAUCGUUUUAUGGCAGAGAUUUUGAUGUCAAGAGUGUCGCAAAGUCUAAAAAUAUUGCCUACACAUCCCUAUAUCUCGGUUUCCAUAUGGAUUUAUUGUACUACGAAGCCCCUCCUGGUCUUCAGCUCUUGCACAGUUUGAAAAACUCAGUAACGGGUGGAUCAAGCAUUUUUGUAGAUUCAUUCAAGGCAGUAGAGAUCAUGAAAACGGAGCAUUUCGAUGAUUAUACCGCUCUUAAGGAAAUUCCAGUGACAUUUCACUAUGUGAACGAUGGGCAUCAUAUGUAUUACCGGCGCCCAACCAUAGUUGAUGAUAAAGCGCAAGAAGGCGGUUCCUGGGGUAUGCAUGUCAACUAUGCUCCCCCAUUUCAAGGUCCAUUGGAUAUUGAUGAUCCAUUGGAAGCAGCCCGAUUUUACAAAGCAUUCCAAACUUUUGCUGAUAUUAUCGAGGACAGAAACCUUCGGUUUGAGUUGACGUUGCAACCUGGUCAACUAGUGAUCUUUGCAAACCGACGAGUAUUACAUGGACGCACGGCCUUUGAUCCCACCAGUGGUGAUAGACACUUGAAGGGAACAUACGUAGAGCUUGAUUUAUUUAAAGACAAGUUACGUGUAUUGGCCGAAAAGUAUCACAACUCCAUUUAGACAGACACACCGGGUGAUUCAACUUGGUAAAUUAGAUGAUAUAAAAGUUUUAUCUAUUAAAAGUAUAAAGAUGUCGUUAGGGCUUGACAAAUUUGCACUGGGUAAAUAUCCUAUCGGCAUUCAUUUCUAGUUUUCGAUUAGUGGUUUCUCUAUAAAUGUACUCGUUGGAUAUCGUCUGGAAACCUUCUGCUUCGAAACGGCUCUGAACAUCCUCCAGCGAAAAGAAAUAGCUCAUCGUACCUAAAAUAGUGGUUAAAUCGUUGAUACGCAUCGUUGCAUCAUCCAAGUAUCUGUCAAAGCUUACCAUCCUGCCGAACGUAAAAGUUUUCAUCCAAUUUUUUAUCAGACGCUGAACUGAACUUAAUCUGAGCUUCGUCAUAUAACCCAUAAUCUCUAAACAACACCGAACCGCCAUGCUUAAGGAC